AUGCUUCCUACUCCAUUGGUGAAGUGUGAUUACGAUAAGAUUUAUGAACCUAGUGAAGAUAGUUUCCUUUUACUUGAUGCUCUUGAGAAGGAACAAGGCUAUUUAGUUGAAAAAUUCAAUGGUUUAGUUUUAGUUUGUGAAUUUGGACCAGGUUCUGGUAUUGUAACUACCUUUAUGAUUCAGAACCGUAUACCUGUGGGUUUAAAUUCUGUUUAUUUAGCUGUUGAUGUCAGUCCAUGGGCAGUUGAAGCUACAUUAGAGACAGCCAAACUGAACAAUUGUGAUAAAGGGACUGUUUUAGAUACAGUUCAAGGUAAUUUAGGUACUGGCUUACGGAAGAAUCAGGUAGAUGUUCUUCUAUUCAACCCUCCGUAUGUUCCCGCUGAGGAGGUUCCUGAGGUUCCUGAAUCUAAGGAUGAUUAUAAAUGGUUAGAUCUUGCACUAGAUGGCGGUGAAGAUGGGAUGGUUGUCACACAGAAAGUUCUAGAUAAUUUGGAUAGCAUCUUGUCUAAGAAUGGUGUUGCUUAUAUUUUGUUCUGUGCUAGAAAUCAUCCUGAACAGGUUGCCGAGGAGAUGAGGUUAAAAGGUUGGAAAAUAGAUCUCGUUGAACAUAGGAAAGCUGGAUGGGAAGUAUUGAGUGUCUAUAGAUUCUCCAGAAAUUAA